AUGAGCAUGAAAAGGGUAUUAAAUGUUAUUCUGUGUGGUAUCAGGAAGGGCUUUAAAGGUUUAAGAUUUAACGUGUUAAACUCUGCAGAAACCUUGGGAGUAAAUUGUCAAUCCUUCCACACCAGACACCUGCUAAUGAACACGAUCUGCUGUUCACUGUGUCUGUAUGAAGCCAUGCGAGGAACCAAACCUGCAUCAAAAUCUCAUCGGUCCCAGCUGCAGGAAACAAAGCGAGUAAAUGUAACUCACAAGAUUCCUGACAGAGAUUUCUUCUCCAUCCUUUCAGUGAAGCUGAACGGAGGCCGGCAUGUCCAGGGAAUCCUGCGAGGGUUCGAUCCCUUCAUGAACCUGGUGGUGGACGACUGUCUGGAGAUGGGUCCUGGAGGACAACAGAACACCAUCGGCAUGGUG